UCUCUUUCAUCACUAUUCAUUUGUUGCUAUAUUUAAAAUAUUGAUCUUUAUACUGCCGGAAGUGUAUUCUUUAUCUCAAGAUUAAAUUGUAAACCAGAUAUGGGUUCGGAAGCUCUGGAUAAUAAAAACAAACUAUAUAUUUGUUUAAGGAAGAAGUUUACUCAAAGGUGCCGAAAAUGGAGCCAACAACUUAAAACAUAGUAAUGAUUUAUCCUGGUUUACUGUUCUAAUUAUCAUGAGUAUCAACAACGGAGAUAUGUCGUCUGAUAUUUUACAGCUUUCAAGAUCUCGUAAAACACAGUCUGAAUUGUACGAGUUUUAUGGCAAACCAAAGAGCCCAUCGAAGUCAUUUUCAGAAAAUAUCAUGAAAAAAUGUACCCUUUCCAAGUUAUGUGCAUAUUUACUAACACUUUUCCCAAUAAUAAACGUAAUAAGAACGUAUAAGAUCAGGAAAUACAUCUUAGAUGAUUUGAUAAGUGGCUUAUCUGUAGCUUGUCUUCAUUUUCCACAAGGACUUGCAUUUGGUAUAUUAGCAUCAUUAUCACCGGCCUAUGGAUUGUAUACGUCCUUUUUUCCUGUUCUCCUGUAUGUGAUUUUCGGAACAUCGCAACACGUUUCUUUCGGAACAAAUGCUGUGAUUGCAAUUUUUACAGCAGAGCUUGUAGAGUCACGGUUAGAACAGUAUGAUUUGCCUGGUCAUCACUCUGCUGUUAACGGUUCCACGGUUGGUAACCUAACAACAGUUUCACCGGAAAUGGAUAAUGACGUGUUAAAGUACAAAGUGUCUGUAGCAGCAGGUUCGUCUUUUAUCGUUGGAUUACUGCUGUUCAUCAUGGGGUUGUGCCGAAUGGGGUUCAUUACUUCUUAUCUGUCAUCUUCUUUCAUUGCGGCUUUUACCACAACCGGUGCUAUUCAUAUCAUUUCCAGCCAAAUCCCUAAUGCUCUUGGCAUAAAAAUUCCACCUGUUAACAAACCAGGAAAACUGAUAUAUGUAUAUAUUGAAAUAUUCAAAGCAUUUCCGAAGAUUCAUGUUGCUACAUUGAUAGUCUCCGUUAUAUGCUUAAUAAUACUUGUAUUGAUAAAAGAUGUCAUUAAUGAGAGAUUCAAAAACAAAAUGAAAAUGCCAAUACCAAUCGAUAUAAUUUUAGUUGUAACAGCAACAGUUAUUUCACAUUUUGCAAAGUUACACGACACCUUCGAUAUUGGUGUUGUAGGAGAAAUACCUCCUGGUCUACCAACGCCGGAGCUACCUCGAGUGUCGGUAGAUAUACUAGGACAUAGUGUUGUUGUCGGUUUCAUUGUGUUUGUGCUUACGAUUUCAAUGGCCCGACUCUGUGAGGUGAAACACGGAUAUUCAGUUGACGACAAUCAAGAACUCGUCGCAUAUGGUAUUGCAAAUUUAGGUGGCUCUUUUUUCUCCUGCUUUCCAGCUUGCGUUGCACCACCACGUACAGUUAUCUUAAGUACAAUGGGUGCAAAGACAACAUUGAAUGGAAUAGUAUCAGCUAUUUUUGUCUUGCUUGUAAUAAUGUUCAUAGGAAAAUAUUUAGAAUCAGCUCCUAAAGCUGUACUUGCAGUAAUGAUCAUCGUAGCUGUUAAAAAUCUAUUAUACCAGUUCAAGGAACUACCAAAACUGUGGCGAGUAAAUCGUUAUGAUUUUGUUAUCUUUGUUGGAACAGUAUUGUGUGGUGUUCUAAUUGAUUUCCCUUACGCCCUGUAUGUUGGAGUGCUACUUUGUCUUUUAACAGUUGUCGUGCAAAGUCAGAAUUCAUCUUCGUACACCAUUAGAAAAGUUGAGCAAGAGGAUCGUCUUCUGGAGCAAAAGACUCAUGAUAUUCCAUUAUGUAAUUCAAAAAUUGCAAUAUUUAGAAUGGAAUCAUCUCUUUAUUUUGCUACUGCUGAUCAAUUUGUAAAAGAAUUGUACAAAGCAACAUUUAAUCCAAAAGCCUUUCCAAAACAACAAGACAAACAUUUAGAAAAUAAUGUUGAAAUAAACAUAAAUCAAAGCGAAAAUAACGGUAACAACGAUGAAAGAAUGUCGCUGUCAAAAACAAACAAUGAAAACGAAAUACCCGUCGUACCCCUCACGCAUAUUAUUAUCGACUGUUCGUCUAUGAACUAUAUCGACAUGAAUGGUAUGAAGGCUUUAAUACAGAUCAACUCCGAAUACAAAUAUGUUGGGGUUACUGUAAUGUUUGGAAACUGUACUAAUUUCAUGAAAACGUUCACGGAGAAAUCGGAUUUAUCAGAGACAGUAGAUAUACAAAAUGUGUAUUCUGACAUUUUAGAUGCUUAUUUUGCAGCAACUCAUAGAAAGUAAAAGAUAUGAUCCAUAUAAAGAAGGAAUACAUGAAUUAUAUAAAGUCCCUAGUAAUUACUGGUGCUAUUUAGAAGAACAGCUAGAAAAAAAUUAUACCGUGUGCCGACUAAUACGGUUUUCGGUCCAGAAAUUGCUUUUGUCGACAAAUAAAGAACUAUUGUGCAAUCUUAAUGUUAAGAUUAUCAUUAAAUGAGAUUUUUAACCUGAUUUAACUUGAAAUGA